UUCUGAUUUCUUGACCAGCUGACGAAUUUGUACACCAAUAUUAGUACAACGUUGUGUCCGAAGGUACAUACAAAUUCAUAUCAAGUGUCAUACCAUGGAUUUUAGACUAUUUCCAUUGUGCCUGUCGUACAAAAAUUCCAUCUAAAGCCAUCCAUGGUUUAUGAUUGUUCUCAUCUCAAUGUAAGUGUCCCAUUUUCGCAUAUUUUCCAAGUCAAAGAAGCAGAAAAGCAAAAUUGUCCUGGGAACCACCAAGAGGAGUAUAUCCUCCUCGUUCAGUUGCCGCACUUCAACUGUCCGCUGGAUCUUAUCAUACGACUAAAGAAUCAUUAAUAAUGCAAGCGCUGUACGUAGCCGAUGACAACUUCAUUGCCCACCUUCCACCGGACUAACUAUUUCAACUGUAAAAAGUAUCAACAAGCUCCACAUGUCCCACGCUUACCACAAAGUUCUCUUGAUCCCCUCUCUUAUUCACAAUGUGUCGUCGACCAAAAAAGUUUACAAAUGCGUAAACGCAACCAUGUAUGAACAUGUUGUGUCCAAAAGAAAAAGAAUAUGGACUGAUAAAAGCGAUGGACUCUCGAUAACUGUUACACGUUCGCAUGGUCAUAAUUUAUUCACUCACACUUUUGCCCAACAAAGUUACGAUGGCGAUUAUAUAUCCCAAUACUCGACACGCACAUUCUCAUUCCUUCAAUACGACGGUGCAAUAACACUUUUAUGUUCGGAGAAUUACGUCGCGAACAUGCGUCGUAACAAUACCUCCUACAAGUCGGAACCUUCUUCAUCGAUGAUAAGAGACAGUACUGGUUUAACCUUAGACAAGGAACCUUCGGAUGAAUGUAUUGGUGUUUUUGGCUCUAUCAAUUCACAAUUUCUUUAAUUAGAUCAGCUACUUAUAAAAUGUGGAAUUAUGUGAUCUUUUAUAUUUUAUAUUAUUUAUAUUUUAUAUUUCAUUUCUUUAUGUAAUUAAUCUUAAAAUGCAUGUUUUGUAUUCCGCGUAUGGAUUAUAAUAUAACGCAUUCGAUGGAGUUGCGCACUGGAGGAAUUAAUGAUGGAGGCUAAUUGAUUCGUACCAUAUCACGAAAAUUAUUAUAGAAACAUGUUGUCAAUUUUGUAAGGCAAAAUAUUUUAUUACUCCACUGCGUUUAAUUGAACAAAUUUUGAAGUUGAAGGCUCGGUUAUCUCAAUAUGAACAUAUAUCUUGAUUUUUACAUUCAAGCAACAUAUUCAAGAUUAAUGUUAAAAAAGUAAGAUGAGUCUCAAGUGAAAGUUUUUGAUAAUAGAUUUAGAAUGGGCAGUUGGUCCAAAUCGGCUCAUGUUGAAAAUCAUCGGUUUGUGGCCACCGGACAAUCAUGACCCUCAUGAAGCCAUAAAAUCCAGAUUUCGAUUAAUAUGCAACUUAACCAUGCUCCUUUUCGUACUGGCAAUACCAUCUUUCGCUUCAUUAAUAAGAGUAUGGGGCGACAUGAUACUGAUGAUAGAUAACAUGAUAUAUAGUCUACCAAUGUUGAUUUUUCUAUUCAAAGUUUGCAUUAUUUGGUACAAACAAGAAGGUAUAUUCAAUAGAAUAAUAUGUUUGGUGAAUUUGACUUAAUUUUUCACUGAAUUAGCAGAACUUGCAAAAGUAUCAUUCACGUAUCAAAACACUAAUAUAUUACUGCAUAUUAAAGAUUUAGUACCACUGAUUGAUAUGAUGACGAGAGACUGGAUGAAACCAAAGAUGAAAGAGGAGCAGGACGUUAUGCUGAAACACGCAAGGACCAGCCGCAUGAUCGCCAUGAGCGGAUGGUUCAUAAUAAUCAUUAUUGUAAUGAUUAACUUAAUUUAUCCAUGCUUUGGAACAACAACCAGGCACGUGACAAAUCUAACCGACCCUGGAAAACCCUUACCGAUGCAAACGUAUUACUUGCACGACGUUUCCAAGAGUCCGCAGUUCGAGUUGACACUUCUGGCACAAAGAAUCACUAUAAUCAUAUCGAGUAUCUCUUAUUAUGCGACCGACCACUUUCUGGGACUGUUAGUUUUGCACGUAUGCGGUCAAAUGGAGAACCUGCAUAUACGAUUGACACAUAUGGAGCAAUAUACAAACUUUAAUGUAGUAUUGAAAUAUAAUGUCCAGGAUCACAUCCGUUUAAUCAGAUCCAUUGAAAUAAUUGACGAUUCAUUCGAUUUGUUGCUGCUUGUCAUAAUAUUAUAUUUCGGCAUAAUGUUCUGCCUACUAGGAUUUCUCAUAGUUAACGUUCUUAAUGAUGGCCAAUUGUCACUUAUGCAAUUAGUUUGGUUCAUUGCAGUGACAAUAACCAUUUUAUUACACAUGUGCCUUUACUGUGCCGUUGGGGAAGCUCUCGUGAGACAAUGUGAAAAAAUUCACCGUGCCACAUACGAAUACACAUGGUACAUUUUACAUCCAAAAGCAGCGAGGAACUUAAUUUUAAUAAUGCUGCGUGCAAAUAAACCACUCUACAUCACGGCUGGAAAAACAUUUCCCAUGACGAUGGCAACAUUUUGCAACUUGUUGAAAACAUCAGCAGGAUAUAUAUCUGUUCUGCUUGCCAAUCAAGGAGAACGGCGAUGUUAUAAACAAUGCGCUUAAACUUAAAUAAUCAUUUAGUAAAAUUAAUUGUCAAUUAAUAGAAUGUAAUAAUUAAAUUUCA